AUGGGGCCGGGACAGGCGGAGCAGGAAAAGUCACCUGGGGCAGGCGGGGAUAAAACACACCUGAGCCGCCCGCGGGAUUUCCUGCUCCGCGAGCGCUCCGGCGGCUCCGAAGCCGGCUCUCCGCGGGCGCGGCUCCUCCCGCGGGGCUCCGGCAUGUCGUGCUUCCCGCAGCUGCGGCGCUCGGGCUCCGCCGAGGCCCCGUCCAGCCCCGCGGCCGCGUCCCCGCGCUCCGCGCCGCCGCUGAGCCCCGCGGGCUCCGCCGGGCCCGGCUCCCCGAAGCCCGCGUCGCCCGUGGAGUGCUCCAUCUGCUUCACCACCUACGACAACUCCUUCAAGACGCCCAAGCUGCUGCAGUGCUCGCACGUGUUCUGCCUGGAGUGCGUGGCGCGGCUGAGCGCGGCGCUGGGCGGCGGCGCGGAGCUGCUGCCCUGCCCCUUCUGCCGCCAGCCCACCUGCCUGCCGCGGCAGGGCGCGCCCGGGCUGGCCACCAGCCGCGAGCUGCUGGCCACGCUGCCGCCCGAGCUGCAGGGCGAGCGGGAGCUGUGGAUGGAGGGCACCAAGCUGUGCUGCCGCCGCGCCUCGGCCGACGCCGAGAACCCGGACUCGUGCGUGUCCAUCGACGUGGCCAUGAGCAAGGCGGAGAGCGCCGAGGCGGCGCCGGCGGGGCUGGCGGGGCGGCUGUCGCGCUGCGACAUCUGCGACGACUGGAAGCGCAUCGUGCUGCUCUCGGCGCUCCUCAUCAUCCUCUUCUGCAUCAUCCUGUGGCCCGUGCAGUGCGCGCUCAAGACGGGGAACCUGCGCUGCUUGGCGCGCACCGCGGCCGUCAGCCGGCCCGAGCUGCUGCCCCCCAAAGCCACCGCGGCCGCGGCCACACGGCCGCCCUUCCACUAGGGACAGAGCCGCUGCGGCCCUCGGGGACGGGGACAGGGAC